AUGAGCCUUGACGAUCCGCUGUCCCUUUUGGCCAUACAAAAGGCGUAUUUUGCCCAGCGGCUCAAGGAGAUCACCUCCAUAGGUGGUCUAUUCGCUUUGGUGCUCGAUAAGCAAACAGAGGCCUUGCUCCUCAGGCUAUUCUCCAAGGACGCCUUGCUUCGAAUCGUCACCACCAUUGACCAGAUCGACGCCCCUCGUAAACUCCAGCUGUUUCUCCAGGCCAUUUAUUUGGUCGAUCCGCUGGUCUACAAUCUCAAUUGCAUUUUGGCUGAUGUCAAGGUCAACAGAUACAAGAUGGGCCACGGGUUAUUUAUACCCUUUUCCCAAUGGGAAACUGAGAGUUUGCGGUACUUCCAGUCAGCCAAGUUCAUGGGCAACCCGGAAGUCAUGAGCUACUUUGGCGGCGACGGCUCCACCGCCUGCUUCGUCCAGGCUUCCAUGUAUCCCUUGGAGUCCAAGGUGUUUCUCACCAACAAUGUCCCUUACAACUCCAUGCCUGUGUACUUCAACGACAACUGCAGUGAAAUGGUGUUGCCCCAGAUCCGCAAGGCCGCCAAAGCCAUUGUGAACGCCAUCAUCGUGGCCGAAGAGUACCCACUCAUACGUUUCUACGCCCUGCCUAAGGCGACCCACCAGGCAGCCCGUUUGCCUGAACUUAUUGCUGACGAGGUCCAGCGUCAACUAGACGACUACCUCCGUGCCAACACAGACUAUCCACCCAAAGCCACGCUAGAGAAGCCCAGAGCCAUUCUUCUAGUGACGGAUCGUUCCAUGGACUUGUUCGCACCUCUCUUGCACGAGUUCUCCUACCAAGCCAUGGCAAUGGACAUUGUGGAGAGUUUGGAGAGGGAGUGUGUCUACAGGUACGAGGCGGAAAACGAAAAGGGUGAACAGCAGGAAAUGAAGUCUGACUUGGACGCAGAAGAUGACGACCUCUGGAUCUCGCUCCGUCAUCUGCAUAUCAUCGAGGCCUCCGAGUUGAUCAUCAACCGCAUCAAUGACCUUAUCAAGAACAAUCCAAUGAUGGUCGAUCGUAGCAAGGCCAAGACCUCUUCUGACUUGAUGUACGUCGUCGCCCACUUACAUGGCUUCGAUGAGGAGCGUCGCCAGGUCACCUUGCACAAGACACUUAUCGACGAAAUUUUGGAUAUUAAUGCGUCCAGAAAAUUGGCUGAGUUUGCUGCUGACUUUGAACAGACUUGCUGUGCAGAGGGAACCUCUUUCGAAGGUAUCCACAACAAAAAGUUGCAUGAAGACUUGAUCGUCUUGCUCGCCCGUGAGGACUUGCACGUCAACGACAAGAUGAGACUCGUUCUUAUUUACGGGCUCUACAGAGGCGGUCUCGCCGAGUCUGACUUUGUCAAACUCGCCAAAUUUAUUGGUGUCAAGAACACGCAGAUUGUCUCCCUUGUGCUGAGAUGCUUCUACAACCUCCACAAGCUUGACUUCCCUAUUGUCAAGAAGUCUGUCAAGGACAAGAAAGUUGAGCGUCAGUUUUUCCACACCAUCAAUAAUGAAGGCACCUACAACACGUCGAGAUUCGCACCGGGUCUAAAAAGAGUGCUUUACAAUGCUGCCAAGUACGAAUUGGAUGAGGACUGGUUUCCUUACUUCCGUGACAAGCCCAUUGCCGAGGAUGUGCCCAAGGGCAACGGUCUCAACUCAGGCUUGGACAAGACUAGUUCGGUCAGAAACCCUAGAGUUAAGGCAUCCUGGGCACCCUCGGGCUCCAGGCACGGUGCUACGCCCAGGAAUAAUAAGAACAAACAGCGCAUCUUCUGCUAUGUUGCGGGUGGUGUAACAUACUCAGAAAUGAGACUGGUCUACGAGCUCUCGCAGGCGCUUGACAAGGAUAUCUACUUGGGUUCUGAGUCCGUUCUCAAGCCUAGAGAUUUCUUAAUUGGACUCCAGAACAUCGAUGGAGUGAAGCAGCCGGAGCAGCUUGAUAUUCCACUUUACGAUGAAGUGACUAGACCUCGGACGCGGGCGCCCUCGUAUUUGUUCGAUGUGCCAAAACCUCCCUCUCAGCAGCCAUCUUCUACGCUGUCGCGUACACCCUCGGCACCAUCAACUCAAAGCAUGAAACAACUGCCACAGCAAUUGGCCCAAUCCGGAUUUGGCUCUUCUAGCCCCAAUCCCGAAUUGCCUCCAGACACAAUUGGAGCGAACACGCCGCUGCACUAUCAGAAACGGACUAGUCAGUACAGUACGGAUCUAAGCGGAGAAAACCGCGCUAAAGAGAAAAAGCCGUCCAGAUUGAAGAGGUUGUUCAAAUAA